UUAUUUCCAAUUUAAAACGUUCUUAAAUAGUCCCAUUAUUUAAUAACGCUUUUUUAUAUUAUUUCGUUAAAAUGGCAAGUGGUUUGGACAUUUUUGUAAAUCAUACUGUGUCCAUUAUCACUACAGAUGGGAGAAAUUUCAUUGGUACCCUAAAAGGUUUUGAUCAAACUAUAAAUUUGAUAUUAGAUGAAUCUCAUGAGAGGGUAUAUUCAAGCACCACAGGUAUUGAGCAGGUGAUGCUAGGUCUCCAUAUUAUCCGUGGUGAUAAUGUGGCAAUUAUUGGAUUAAUAGAUGAAGAAAUUGAUAACAGAUUGAAUUUACCCAGCAUAAAAGCUGAACCACUAAAUGCCAUAGUUCAUUAAGUUAAGUUAUUACAUUAUAUGUAAGUUUCUUUAAAUAAAUUAAUAUUAAGAAAUGG